AUCGCCAAAGUUAUGGAGGAUUGUACUUUGGACAAUUUUUUUCCUGAAGUUGUAAAUAAACUUGACACCAAACAAUUUGCACUCCCAAAGAAAUCAACGACCCACGCUUUGGUCUACCUUUUACAUUCAAUCUUGGUUGCUCUUGAGAGAGGUUUCUGUACUGCCAGAUUGUUCUUUGCAGAUUUCAAGAAAGGUUUUGACCUAGUAGACCACAAUGUUAUUAUUAAAGAAUUAACCCUGCUUGGUACCCAUCCCUCUAUAAUUCGGUGGAUUAAAGCCUUCCUCUGCGAUCGCGAACAAUGUGUCCGGGUGGGAACUUCUAUGUCCUCUUGGAAGAAAACAAAUGGUGGCUUGCCACAAGGUACAAAGUUGGGUCCAUUAUUGUUUGCUGUUCUCAUUAAUUCCUUACUUAAAAACUGGCCCAGUAGGAUCAAGUUUGUGGAUGACACCUCAGCCCUAGAGAUUAUACCACGUUUUUCAUCCAGUUUAAUGCCAUUAGUCGUAAAUGAAAUCUCGGACUACGCCUUAGAACGUGGAAUGGAACUAAAUUAUAAGAAAUGCAAACAAAUGUUGAUCAACUUUCUUAAAUAUAAAGGAUCUGAUGAUGAAAACCCGAUCUAUGUUGCAGGUAAACCGGUGGAAACUGUGUCCUCUUUCAAACUCCUAGGUGUAUGGAUAUCAAACGACUUGUCAUGGAAUACUCAUGUCGACAUGGUAUUGAAAAAGGCAAAUUCUCGCUUAUACGCAUUGCGUCUGUUAAAAAAGGCUGGUCUUCAAGCAUCUCACAUCGUCCAAAUAUAUAUCUCAUUCAUCAGAUCCAGAAUUGAAUAUGCAUCCCCUGUAUGGUCGUCAAUACCUAAAUCAUUAUCUGACAUUCUCGAAUCUGUUCAAAAGAGAGCAUUGAGAAUAGCUUAUCUAGAUCUGUUAUAUGAUGAAGCCCUUGAAAUUUCAAACUUACAGUAUCUGAGUACUCGUAGAGACAUCUCUUGCAAGAAAUUCGUCGAAUCUCUGCGACGUGAUGUUUCACCCUACAACCCUUUGACCCAAAUUUUAUAUAAUAUAUAUAUAUGUACAUUUUAA